CUGAUAGGCUCCCGUGUUAAUCUCUGGGGUUCGAUUCGGCCGGCUCAACAAGCGGUUGAUCAGGUCCUAGAACAACUGAAUCCAGGACUCAUCGCCUUAGGGGCCAGGAAGUCCGAUAUUCAAUCUCACUCAACUCGGUCACGGGUCUCACAGAGCUGCUUUUGCAUCCCCCUGAUCGAGAAGAGCCGUCAAUGCAAUGCAAAACGGCCCGUUUCUUUCCUAUCUCGCCGUUUACUGCCUGUCAUGCAUAUCUCUUUUACUGUUUCCGACCGCGCAUCACACUACUUCCAAGGCUAGGGCGGGGCCUGGCGGCCGAAUAGAAACCUUGGACGGCCAGAGGUACUCCGGUCCCUGAGUGUAUCUACGGCCGUGCCUGCUUCAAACCCCUGUUCCGGAUGGCGGCCCUACGCGGGUUUCAACCAAACCUACGUAAAGUCUACAUCGGGGAUCCAUGUGGUACUGUAUCGGCUGUUCGCAUGAAGUCCACGAUGCCCGUCGGCCAUGGGUCGUCUUGGAGAGCAACAGAGUUGUCCUACGCACAUUAAGCAUGGGAGCUGGUGGAGGUGGCGAGUCGGCAAGGUCCUUCGCCCCGUCGAAGCUGUCAUAUGGCAGCUGGCAGUGCCAGAAGUCUGGGUUUUGUGGUGUUCUGGGUCCUAACAUAUAUACGAAAAAUGGACUAGGGACAACGAUGAAGAGCCGGCUCUUACACUUUCACUUCUUCUUCAUCGGGCUGGUCGCGAUAGAAGCUUUUGCUUAUAAUAAUGUUGUUGGUGGUGUAGAUGCUGUCUCGCCGAGGAUUGGGGAUUCAAUCAAUUUCGGAGCUUCAGUCUGGAAGCAGGUCAUCGAGCAUGUCGUUGUUGAGCGGGAGAAUGAAAGGGAAAACGAACCGAGGAGGGUCAUUUUGGAAAGGAUACCGGAAGUCACUCCAAGCUCGGCAAACGGACAGUGGGCCAACAUCGAGCCGCCACGACCAACACCGCCGCCGCAGAAGCGACAGGAUAACGGGCAAAUACAAGCGCUGUCGGGUCGGAUACAGGAGCUCUCAGGAACGAUCGCCGCUCUCUCUUUGACGCUAUCGGCCGUCUCUUCGGCUUCACAAUCACUCAAGCAGUCAGCAGACCAGGCCAUUCGAAUUGCUACGGAAAAUGAAAACCAAGCAAACCAAGCGUUGACGCGGGCGCAGACGUCUGCUGCGAGUGCUUUGGCUCAGGCGACUCAACAAUUCAAUGAUCAACUCGGCCGUGCCUCGGCAUCUUUCAGCAGCCAGCUCUCAGCCAGCCUCUCCAGCGCCCAGGCAAGUGCUAGUAGUGCUAUUGGUGCCGUCCAAUCGGCAGCCCGCGAGAGCGCUGUGAACGCUAUGAAUGUGGCCGCCAGCCAGAUCCAGGAGGUCAGACUCGAAGCGAGCGGUGUGAGGGGCGACGCAAACAAUUUCGUUGCGCAGAUUCAGAGAAACUCGGUGAGCGCAACUAAUGUUGCCAUCAUCAUUGUCGUCACAGUCGUCGUCACCAUCAUCCUCACGAUCGUGGCUUCGUGGCUCUUCAUACGUUAUCGACGGAAGAGGAGAAAAAACAGGGAGGUCAUCGAGAUUACCGAUGACAAGGCGUAUCUUGUCCGUGGCAUCUCGGGCCAUAGCAACCAGAAUCGCUACACCCGUGAUAGUGGAGCGCGUUUCAACCCGUAUGGUGGUGGCACCGGGUACCCCAUGGAUAAGAUGGAGCUGCCGAGCGUGGGCAAGCCCGUGCAGCCAGAACCCCUCAACUUCGGUUUCGCCGUUAGUGAUUACAACAGUUCCGAUAAGGAUGCUGGCAGUCGAAGUGGCAGAGGACAGGUUCCGGACAGUUUCCAACUUCAAAGACCACCGGAUACCACGAGAGCAGACGCCGUCCGGGACUCGGGAAUGAGCACUACAACUCCAACUAAUCUUCGGUUCCAGAGGCCACCGAGCAUCAAGAACGCAGCACAGGUGCGGCUUAUAAGAGUCAACAGUGGGAAGAACAGGAUAAACGAGAUACCGGCGCCACCUCCUUCGCAACCUCUACCCGAUGUGCCGUCCCUGCACCCAGAGCCCCCGAAAUACGAAGCUCGGUCGGAGCGCUAUACCAUGACAAGCGAAGCGAAUCAAGGCAAUGGCUGGCAGCCACCAACUCAGGCCACCAUUGGCAAUCCUAACCCCAUCACAACCAAUCAAGAACGAUACAGUGUGGCUAGUGAGGUGAGCGAGGCGAGCAACGGGUGGCAACCCGCUCGUUCCGGCUGGGAAAAACCCAAACGUCGUUCGCAGUCUCUAGGUCCUCCCUCAACGCGGAAGAGCCUUGUCGCCGAGAUCGUGAACCCCGAGAUCGUGAACCCAGAGCCUGUCCGGCCCAGGGUGACCGCCACCAAGUCAGCCCAAACGCCGCCCAAGGCCCCCAAGGCGUCCGCCAAUUUCUCGACGUUCCCGACGGUGCGGAGCAGACCGCCAUCGACGCUCAACCAUCUGCAGCCUUCGCGGGGGCUCGAUGGCAUGGCUAAUGUGUUGCGUGGGGAUCCUGCGAUGAGCAGCACCAGGUCCAGCAGAGAGAUCUUUGGAGGUUGAGCAGGCCGCGGCUUUGAUUUGUCUUGAUUUUGCGGGCCCUUUAUUUGCCUCAGGG